CGGCUGAUUUUUUAACCUUGACGCACGAGAGACGCUCACAGUAACAAAGUAACGCUUGAAGACACUGAGUAACAAUCUACGGUGGCUUCAAAGGAAUUAACACAGUGGGAAGGAUUUUCAUUUUAACAGCUGAAUCUAUCGUCGUCAUUACCAGAAGGGAAAAUAUGAAGUUUUUAACUAGUUUGCGUCUUUUCGUCUUUACCAUCGUGGCUGUCACAUCGGUGAGCGGUGCAUCUAUAGAGCGGUUUGAGAGCGAGAGGCCUGCACAGACAGCUGUGAUUGAUCUUUUGGAGGCACUGAGUGAGAAGAGAUCUACUGUGGACAACAAGCAAGUGGAAUAUGAGGAGGAAGACGAGUAUUACUAUGAUGAUGAAGAGGAGGAUGAGUUUUCAGGGGAUUACGAAGUGCCACUUGUUGCUUUUUCAAGCAAACCCAAAGACCCGAGUGCAGUUUUAAAUGCGGAGAAACGUGAAGGCUCGCAGAGGAAGGGGCUCGGAAGGAAGAAGGCCAAAGGAAAGGGAAAAGGCAAGAAAAGGAAUCCAUGUCUAAAAAAGUACAAGGACUUUUGUAUCCACGGCACCUGCCAGAAUCUCAGGGACUUAAAGGGGCCCUCAUGCAUAUGUGACCAGGGCUAUUCGGGAGAGCGAUGUCACCUUUUCUCCCUGGAAGUAAAGCAGAAUGAGGGAGAGUAUAACCGCACUACAGCGCUUGCUGUGGUGGCCGUGGUUCUCUCUUCAUUGUGUCUCACCAUCAUUGGACUUUUACUGGCACUCAGGUUUCACAAGCAAGGUGCAUAUAAUGUGGAAAAUGAGGAGAAAGUUAAACUGGGAGCCGCCCCACACCACUAAACGAGACGGGAGAGAACGGGCAACCGUGUGGAAAUUCUACCUCAAAAUGAAGUGGCAAAGUUGAAUGUUGUGCGGAGCAGCGGGCACAGCGUGCUGGAGAGGAGGAUAGAGUAACAGUAUUUGUUUGGCAGGCGUCGUGGUGUCUCCGUGAAGGGCCUGACUCACGAAUGACUCGCAAAAAUGGUUCACAGGAGAGCUCAAAACCUGCCACGAACUGGAACUCUUGACAGACAGACUCGGUCGGGAAGAGAAACCGAGCUGUUCGAUACAGAAUGAGAAGGAACUCUUCGGGGUUGGGAAUGUAGUUUGAGUUUUAGAGGCGAGGCUUUUUCUAGUACUGAAGAAGCUUGGCCUAAAUUAAGUAUUCUUACAAAUAAGCAUUUUUGUUCAUGUCUUGUGCACUGUGUAUUUAAUCGUUGCUGGCUAUGCUUUAAUUUAUUUAUUUAUGUAUAUAUAACUAUUAAUAUUUAUUUGGAUUUAGACCAACCUUGUCCAGCCCUAAUGCACUGGCAACGUAUUUGAAAGUCUCUGUGUUGUAUGUUGAUGUAAUAUUUUAUUUAUUAAAAGAAGCAGUAGUAA